AACAAAGCAGACUGUAUCAAAAUUUGGACUACAUACUUCACAUGGGAUACUUUAUUUUUCAAUGAUUUCUGACGCAUUGGGUACAAUUGGCCGGCAGGGGGGAAGUGAUGUGAGAAUAGGUUAAAAAAACCAAUCUUCCAUUGUAACGGAGAAUUUUUGCUCUCAUAUUAGCCUUUUUGCCCGCUCCGUCCGUAUCCAGUGUCUGUGCACUGCUUUCCAUUUCUUAUUUGAGUUUGCUGGGCUUUGCUGCAGAGACAGUUGUUGGUGAGCUGGGGAACGUCACUUGCUUUAUUGCCCUCACAGAACAGAGACCAUAAGCGCAUUCUUACCCCGAGCACAAUAACCCCCGUCUUUAGUUGACGUUUACAAAGAUGAUCGCAUGCUUAGAAUAUUAUACUCAAAGAAAUGAUCAGGAGUUUAUUGGGCUUUUUUUUUUCAAGAUGAGCAAUAAUGCCUAAUAUUUGUCUUGAUAUCUUGCAAGGUUUUUUUUCUAUCAUGGUAGUAUUUUCUAAUGUGCAUCUUCUGAGCUUGAUAUAAAAAUGACAUUAUUCAUAUUUCCUGUUUCUCUUCCUGGAUGGUGACCAUUCAUGGUUUUUUUUCUUCUCUCUUAAAAUUGAGCCAAAUAGAAAAUAAAAACAAGAAAACCUUCCCAUCCAGUCAAGCUGGAUGGUGCGCUUGUACUUCGCCGUUUGUCCUGUGUUUAUCAGCAUUUAGCACCAAAGCUCAGCGCAGUUCUGAGCUAAAAGCUACAGUUUCGCCUCAACUUCCCGCCUCUCAAUUGGUCGGGAAUGGUCAGCUGACGUUGUCAUAUUGUCUCUCACUGAGCCAAGCCUCAGCUAUUACACUCGGGCUUUUUUUUUUUUUUUUUUUUUUUUUUUUCGCGUCUUAACCGGAGAUUGGAAAUUAAUAAUAUUCAAUCCUCAAAAGUAGCCCCGCGACCACGCAGGAGAGGCAGCAACUCGAGAGGGGGGAAAAUACGGGCGAUUUUUUGGGGAGGAAGGUGUGGUUGGUUGACUUGACACAGGCGGGAGGGAGAUUUACUGGAGAAGGAAGAUUGAAAAGAGACCCGAUAAAGAAGUGGGGAAGAGUUGGAGAGAAGGGUUACAAGCAAGGUAUGAAUUCUUAUUUCGCAAACCCGUCGCUCUCCUGCCAUUUGUCCGGUGGUCAAGAGGUUCUGCCCAACGUUCCCCUGAACUCCACCACCUAUGACACAGUGAGACAUUUUUCGUCGUACGGCGCCGCUGUGACCCAGAAUCGGAUAUAUGCCCCUUUCUACUCCCCUCAGGAGAAUGUGGUGUUCGGCUCCGGUAGGGCGCAGUACGAGUACGGAUCCAACGUAUUCCUCCAGGACAAGGACGUCCUGCCGAGCUGCAGGCAGACAACCAUGGGACUCGGCUCGCAGAGCCACAUUGCCCAGGAGUACAGUCUGGAUCAGGGGAGGGCAGGAGCCCAGGAACAGAAGAGCAACAUCCCGAUCUACCCGUGGAUGCAGCGCAUGAACUCACACAGCGCAGGAGUGGGCUACGGGACGGACAGGCGCAGGGGACGUCAGAUCUACUCUCGCUACCAAACGCUGGAACUGGAAAAGGAAUUCCACUUCAACCGCUACCUGACCAGGCGCAGACGCAUCGAGAUCGCGAACGCGCUGUGCCUCACGGAGCGGCAAAUCAAGAUUUGGUUCCAGAACCGGCGCAUGAAGUGGAAGAAGGAGAGCAACCUGACCUCCACGGUGACUGGAAGUGAACAGACAGGAGGUGCUCAGGAGGAGGAACAGAGUGGGAGCGCAGUUGAAGAAGGGAAGGAUGAACACAAGAAAAAGGAAUAACUGGGAAGAAUAGCGCGCACGUGUGUGUAUGGAAGUGGAGAGGAGAGGGGAGGGGUGGGGUGGGGGGUCACCUCAUGACCAUGAAAGUCCAACAUAACUACCUAAAAAAAAAUCUAUAAAGACUUGACUUCACUGCAUGAUGGUUAUACCCGCUGCUCUUUAUCUCAUCUUGACCACAGCAGUUGUGGAGCACUAAAUAUUUCAAAACAUUAUUCCAUCCACAGUUUGAUCUCUGUGACAUUUGGAGCACUAAGGUGUUUGUUUUGUCAAUAUUAUAAAUAUCAAUGUCUCACAUGUAUUUGUGAAAAUAAGAAUAAUAAUAUUAUUAUUAAUAAUAUUAAUAAUAAUACAAACGAAGAAAAAGAAGUAUUGUUUUCCUGGUAUUUUUCCAAACACCAGGAAAAAAAAUAACUAUCUGUAUUUACCCAUAGCCAAUUCCUCACUGUGAACUCUUUGAUCACCUCACCAAAUACAGUGUUGGCUUGACUUUGCUCAUGCACAUGCACAUUCCACGGCGUUCCAAGGAACACAAUGCAAACUAGUACUUGAACUGUCCACAGAUUUAGAAAAAAAAAGAGACAAAAAAGAUUAAAGUUGCACGGUUGACCCUCAAGCUUGUACAUAUAUAUAUAUAUAUAUAAUUAUAUAUAUAUAAUAAAGGUAGCAUAACAGCAUAUUAUGCAAGUUCCGCAAGAGCUGUGCAUUUAGCCGCUUGGUUUUUGGCGCAGGAUAGCGUUAAAGAAUAGCGCCACUUCUUUAUCGAAUCAUUUGACACCAAAUGCUCUUUUUUUCUUGUUGUGAGACAGAUUUGUACACUAGUAAUUCUUCGCCUUUUGAGUGCUAUGAUUUCAUGUUUUUUUUUGUCUUAUUUGUGUAUCAGUAAAUAAAAUCUUUGUGAAACUUG